GACAAGAAUCACGUUGUACGUCAGAGGCUCCAGAAAAAAUAAAACCAUUGAAACAUGCAAAAUUAUUGAGUAAUGAGCAAGCCAAAGAGCAGCAUCCAGGAAAUUUCGAGCCACAAUGAUUCGGAAUCCAUCAGCAGAUUUUCCAGAUCCGGAAUUCAAGGCGGCAAGUUGAAUUUACUGGAGAACUACGGAGGUUUGGGAUGGCGAUUUUUCGAACGUUUGAAAUUAGAUUCCGAUAAGAUUUUCCAGGUAGAUGUUAACCGUUCAUUCACGGAAACCAAAGGAUCCGUUAGAAGAAGAAGCAUUCAACUUGCCAUGGGAUUGAGAGCACACGGUGUAAUCGAAUACGACAUAAUCGUAAUUUGUAGCAAAAAUAAUGCAGACCAAGUUAUAGUCCUGUUGGCCACAUUAUUUCUGGGCGCGAUAGUGGCGCCCCUCGACCCGGAAUUCACCAGAAACGAAAAAGAACACCUACUAAAAAAACUGCGGCCUAAGAUAUGCUUCGGCGACACCCGAUCGGUCCCGAUACUAGAAACGACCAUCAGAAUCCUGAACUUGGACACCGAAGUGGUGAAUUUCUCCGAGGAGAGCUGCGGCGACAUACCGUUCAUCAAGCUGUUCUCGCCCAAAGAGGACGAGUCCUUCCAGCCGCCGUUCGUCCAGGACACCGGCAAAACCGUGGCGUUCAUUCUACCCACCCAAGGCACCACCGGCGUUCCCAAGCUGGUGUGCCUGUCGCACGACAACAUCUGCUUGCAGUGCUCGAUCUGCGAGACCAUCUUGGACCUGCCCAACCGGGUGAUCUCGUUCUUUCCGUUGUCGUGGAUCCUGCAGACGAUUUUGAUAUGCGUCUGCCUCAAGUCCUCCAUCACUUUGAUCAUACCGGGAGUGUUCUCCACCAAGGCCGCCUGCAAGCUGAUAAAGAACUUCGAAAUCGGAUACGCCGUUUUGGGCACGGAUUUUGCCAUGAAACUAGCCAAUAGUGUCGCUGUAAAGGUAGAUAUACCUCCACUAGCUUACGAACAAUUCAUUCUACUAAUGUUAAUGUUCAUUUCGAAGAACACAGACAUCAAGUGCCUCAAAUGCGUGGUGGUGGGCAUCGUGAACACCAGCAAAUACGACAUAAGAACGCUGAGAAGUACACUGCCCGGCGUAAAGUUCCUCUCCAUCUACUGCAUGGUGGAAGCCGGUUGUAUAGCGGCCACGAAAUUGAAGGAUUACACGUUGUCGAUGGUGAAACCGUCGGAUUUCAUCGGACGAUUGACCUACAACUGUAAAGUCAAAAUCGUGGAUAUCAGAGACGGAGAACUCUGCGGGCCCAACACCUAUGGAGAGGUUUAUUUCUACGGGGACGGAUUGAUGCUGGGUUACUUUAAAGAUAAGGAAGGAACGUUAAGCACUAUAGAUAAGGGGUAUUUUAAAACAGGCGACAUGGGAAAGUACGAUGAAGACGGUUGGUUGAGCGUACCGGGCAGGCUCGAAGACCUGAUCAGAUUCGACACUUGGUCGAUGGUACCGACUGAUCUGGAAGACAUCAUCGUCUGUCACGAGCACGUCAAGGACGCCGCCGUCAUCGGCGAUAACGAUUACUUGAUUGCGGUGGUGCAGAAGACAUCGGAUUCCCAAUUGGUAGCGCCGGAGGUUUACAGCUACAUAACCCGUCAGUUACAUCGAAAAUAUUGGCCUAACCAAGUGAUAUUGCUGGAGCAUUUUCCGCGGACUACCGUCGGAGCUGUUAGGAAAAACGUCCUUAGAAAGGCUUACCUGUAUCGAACGAUUAUGUGCAGCAGCAGUUUCGCGUUGGAACGAGAGAAGUAAAAGAACUAAGCGAAA